AUGGCUUCUCAAAACACUUUUUCCGACUUUAAAUUGGCCACUGAAUUGCCAGCUUGGUCUAAAUUGCAACAAUUGCAUGACACUCAAGGUGAAAAAAUUUCUGUCAAGGAAGAAUUCGCCAAGGACCCAAAGCGUUUUGAAAAAUACUCUAGAACUUUCAACAACUACGAUGGUUCCAAGAUUUUGUUCGAUUUCUCCAAGAACUUGGUUAACGAUGAAAUUUUGUCUGCAUUGAUCGAAUUGGCCAAGGAAGCCAAGGUUGCUGAUUUGAGAGAUGCUAUGUUCGCUGGUGAACACAUUAACUUCACUGAAGACCGUGCUGUGUACCACGUUGCUUUGAGAAACAGAUCUGAUAAGGUUAUGAAGGUCGAUGGUAAGAACGUUGCUCCAGAAGUCGAUUCGGUUCUAGAACACAUGAAGGAAUUCAGUGAACAAGUCCGUUCUGGUGAAUGGAAGGGUUACACCGGUAAGAAAAUCACUGACAUUGUCAACAUUGGUAUUGGUGGUUCCGAUUUGGGUCCAGUUAUGGUCACCGAGGCUUUGAAGCACUACGCUUCUGACAUCAAGGCUUACUUCGUCUCUAACAUUGAUGGUACUCACAUUGCUGAGACUUUGAAGGUUGUUAACCCAGAGACUACUUUGUUUUUGAUUGCUUCCAAGACCUUCACCACUGCAGAGACUAUCACCAACGCUAACACCGCCAAGAACUGGUUCUUGUCCAAGACCGGAAACGAUCCAGCUAACAUUGCUAAGCAUUUCGUUGCCUUGUCUACCAACGAAACUGAAGUUGCCAAGUUCGGUAUUGACACAAAGAACAUGUUCGGUUUUGAAAACUGGGUCGGUGGUCGUUACUCCGUCUGGUCUGCUAUUGGUUUGUCCGUGGCUCUAUACAUCGGUUACGACAACUUUGAGGCCUUCUUGAAGGGUGCUGAAGCCGUUGACCAACAUUUCACUCAAACUCCAUUGGAAGACAACAUUCCAUUGUUGGGUGGUUUGUUGUCUGUCUGGUACAACAACUUCUUCGACGCUCAAACUCACUUGGUUGCUCCAUUCGACCAAUACUUGCACAGAUUCCCAGCUUACUUGCAACAACUAUCGAUGGAAUCUAACGGUAAGUCUGUCACCAGAGGUAACGUUUUCUCAAACUACUCCACCGGUUCCAUCCUAUUUGGUGAACCAGCCACCAACGCUCAACACUCUUUCUUCCAAUUGGUCCACCAAGGUACCAAGAUCAUCCCAGCUGAUUUCAUCUUGGCUGCUCAAUCUCACAACCCAAUUGAGAACAACUUGCACCAAAAGAUGUUGGCCUCCAACUACUUUGCUCAAGCUGAAGCUUUGAUGGUCGGUAAGGAUGAACAGCAAGUUAAAGCUGAAGGUGCCACUGGCGGUCUAGUACCACACAAGGUCUUUUCCGGUAACAGACCAACCACUUCUAUCUUGGCUCAAAAGAUUACUCCAGCUACCUUGGGUGCUUUGAUUGCUUACUACGAGCACGUUACUUUCACUGAAGGUGCCAUCUGGAACAUCAACUCUUUCGACCAAUGGGGUGUUGAAUUGGGUAAGGUCUUGGCUAAGGUUAUCGGUAAGGAACUAGACAACUCUAGCAAGAUCGAAGCUCACGAUGCUUCCACCAACGGUUUGAUCAACCAAUUCAAGCAAUGGUUGUAA